AGAAAUCUAUGAAAAUGAUUAUGGCAGAAAGACCGCUGGGCCUGAUGAUUAGCCUUAAAUGCCGUAUUACACCCGGCCAUUCAGUUCCUAACCCGGGUUUAUACAGAACUGCUCGCGUAAAAGUCAACGAUACUCAGCAACCUACUCGUGCGAGCAUCCCUUCCCAUGAUGCCCAUAUCACUCUCCGCCGUCUUGACUACGCUUGCGGCUUACAUCCUCGCACGACUCGCGUACAAGACAUUCGUCGCAAAAGGCCGUCGACCCCCCGGACCACGAGGGCUCCCUUUCAUUGGUAAUGCCCUAGACAUGCCCACCGGAAAACCAUGGCUGACCUUUGCUCGCUGGGGCGCGACGUAUGGCGCCGUGUGUUCUGCAACCGCUCUCGGCCAAACAUUCGUCAUCCUCAACUCCUAUGAAACGGCGGUCGAUCUUCUGGAUAGGCGUGGUUCUGUCUACUCUGAGCGCCCGCAUUUUACCAUGGGAGGGGAUAUGGUGGGCUGGAAGUCGACUCUGGGCCUCUUGCCGAACGGACACGUUUUGCGACGACAACGGAAGCUCUUGCAUGGCGUUUUUGGCGCCAACGUCGUGGGCCGAUUUCAUAAGGCGCAGGAAACGGUGGCACUGCGACUCGCCAGGAAUUUAAUAGAUACGCCUGACAAGUUCUCCGACCAUAUAUCUCGCCGUAUCGUCAGUUUCAUUCUGAAUAUCACGUACGGAUACGAGGUCGGCGAAGAUGGAGAUGCCCUUGUAGAGCUAGUUGACAGAACUAUGGCUGAAUUUUCGCAAGUGACUGUUCCAGGGGCUUUCCUCGUGGACCAAAUACCGUUUUUGCGCUUCCUCCCUGAAUGGCUCCCUGGGAUGGCUUUCAAGUCAAAGGCGCGGCAAUGGGCCACAGACCUCGACGACAUGGUAAACGUACCUUAUAGAUUUACUGAGCGCGAGGUGGCUACGGGUAUCGAGAAUAAGUCCUUCGUCUCCACUCUAAUACAUCAAAAUACCGUAUCGGAACACGACCUAAAGUGGGCUGCUUCAGCUAUUUACGGAGCGGCAGGAGAAACGACCAUAGCCACUAUCCAUGUGUUUUUGAUCACUAUGGUGCUCUUUCCUGGCGCGCAGAAGGCUGCUCAUGCGGAGAUCGAUGACGUGUUACAAGGCCGGCGCCUUCCAACUUGCGAAGAUCGGGACAAGCUGCCGUAUGUCAACGCACUAUGUAAGGAAGUCAUGCGAUUCCAUCCCGCCGUUCCCUUGAGUGUUCCUCACAGUACAUUACGAGAUGAUAUCUAUAACGACUAUCUCAUCCCAAAGGACUCGGUGAUACUUGCUAAUUUAAGGAAUAUGGCUCAUGAUCCCACCGUCUAUAAAGAUCCAGACGUGUUUAACCCUUCUCGCUUCUUACCUGGGUCGGGACACGCACCGGAAAGGGAUCCCAGAAGUUUUAUAUUCGGCUUCGGCAGACGGAAAUGCCCUGGUCAAUACCUAGCGGACGAGAUCAUUUUCAUCAUCUGUGCCAUGGUCCUGAGUGUCUUUGACAUAUCCAAGGCGGACAAUUUCGCUCAGGAACCGGUAUUAGAACCGCUGGAUGGCACUAUCAGUCGUCCUGCCCCGUUCCAGUGCUCCAUUUCCCCUCGAUCUCCGGAGGUCGUUGAUUUGGUCAAAACAAUGUAGGAUUAUACGGGAAAUUUAAUGAUCCAGUAUUCGAGGGAUCUGCAUUUGGUUUCUUCGACCUUCGCUCCGUGUGCAUAGCGCGAUCC